CCGUAGGGCGGCGGCGUGUGCUGCGGGGACGCCUGGCGCGGCCCGCCCGGGGCCCCGCGGAAGCCGCCGCCGCCCCAGCCGCCCGCACCGGGGCCAGGGUACGGCGGGGUAGGGGGCCGAAAGCCCGGCCGGUGCAUGGCGGCGACGAGGCGGAAGCGCGCGCUCUCCCGCCGGAAGUGCUCGCGGAGCCGCGCCCCGGAGGCCCCGCCCCGACGGCCCCGCCCCGCCCCGGAGGCCCCGCCCCGAUGCCCCGGGCGGCCCCCCUGCGGCCGGCGCGAGCGUCGUCUCUGCACGCGGCCCCGACCGAGCGGCGCGAUGUUGGCGACGCGCGUGAGGCUCGCGUCCCCGCGGCUCCCCGGCCGCCCGCACGCAGGUGGCUUCACCCAGCAAGGCCUACGAGUCAAAGCAUCGGGAGCAGGCAGGCCCUGGCACCACGCCCUGAGCAGCUCAUUCAUCACUGGCAGGACUGCAGGCACUGAUGCCCAUCAUGCAGGUGUUCACAAAAUGAAGCCAUUGGAUGGUGUAAAAAUUCUUGAUUUAACCAGAGUCCUGGCGGGGCCUUUUGCUACUAUGAAUUUAGGAGACCUUGGAGCAGAAAUUAUAAAGGUAGAAAGACCAGGAGUUGGUGAUGAUACACGAGCUUGGGGGCCACCUUUUGUUGGGACAGAAAGUACUUAUUUUCUCAGUGUUAAUCGAAAUAAAAAAAGUAUCGUUGUUAAUAUCAAGGAUCCAAAAGGGGUGAAAAUCAUCAAAGAGCUUGCAGCUGUCUGUGAUGUGUUUGUGGAAAACUAUGUUCCUGGAAAACUGUCUUCAGUGGGCCUGGGGUAUGAAGACAUAGAGACAGUUGCCCCUCACGUCGUUUAUUGCUCCAUUACAGGGUACGGCCAGACAGGUCCCCUGUCUCAGCGUGCUGGCUAUGAUGCUAUUGCCUCUGCUGUUUCUGGCAUGAUGCAUAUCACAGGACCUGAGGAUGGAGAUCCUGUUCGUCCUGGAGUGGCUAUGACUGACCUUGCCACUGGCCUGUACGCCUGUGGAGCCAUUAUGGCUGGACUGAUACAAAGACAAAGAACUGGAAAAGGAUUGUUCAUUGACUGUAACCUACUGUCAUCUCAGGUAGCAUGCUUGACCCAGGUAGCUGCUAAUUAUCUGAUUAGCCAGAAGGAAGCGAGGCGCUGGGGCACAGCUCAUGGCAGUAUUGUCCCUUACCAGGCUUUUAAAACCAAGGAUGGCUACCUUGUAGUUGGAGCAGGAAAUAAUCAGCAGUUCUCAACUGUGUGCAAGAUCUUGAAUUUGCCUGAACUGAUAGAAGACUCCAAGUACAAAACUAACUAUCUUCGGGUACAGAAUAGAAAACAGCUAAUUAAAAUAUUGUCUGUACGAUUUGAAGAAGAACUGACCAGCACGUGGAUGUCUCUGUUUGAAGGCAGUGGGGUGCCAUAUGGCCCGAUCAACAACAUGAAGAGUGUAUUUGAAGAACCCCAGGUGUUGCACAAUGGCCUCGUUAUGGAGAUGCAGCAUCCAACUGUUGGGAAGAUAUCUGUCCCAGGCCCAGCUGUGCGAUACAGUCAGUUCAAGAUAGAAGAAGCCAGCCCGCCCCCACUGCUCGGGCAGCACACAACUCAGAUCCUGAAGGAGCUCCUCAGAUACGAUGACAUGGCCAUCGGGGAACUGCUCAGCGCCGGGGUGGUGACCCAACACAAGGCCGAGUGACAGAGAUAUGUUCAUUCUUAAUGCAACAGUGCUGGCAAGCAAAGAAAAUGCUUUUCUGGAUCUAUCUCUGCAAUUGUGGUACCUGCCAUUGGAAAGAAGAGUGAUUCCAGACUUCCUGCCUGUCAUCUCCAGAGUGACUCUGGUAUCAAAUAUUGUAGUGAUAUACCCCACCUUUUAUUCCUUACUAUCUAUUUCCUUGAUAAUGGAUGAAUUGUGGGUUUUGGGGAGACCUUCCUCUUUGUAAAGUUUUUUCCUGGAAAAAUAUAUUCCUCAUUCUAAUGACAUUAAUAAUCUAAAUGUUUGUGCCACCAACCCAAACAGGUCUGAAAAAGAGCAGAUCUUUGGACUUCCUCUCCUUGCAUGAAAUCCUCUUAAACUUUUGUUAGGAUUUCAAAGCUAUAAGUAGAACGGCAGUCCUUGUGGUUGAUUUUAAGUUAAUUUUAAGUUCAAGAAUUCCUUGUUGAUCAGUACUUUAAAUUGUAAUUUUACUGAUGUCCCAUAUAAAACUAAUUUCUGUUUUUUCUGUGGAAUAAAUAUUAGCUUUAUUUUGCAUUUAUCUGAUUAUUUCAGAAGUGGCAGAAAAUUA